AGUGUCGGAUCGUCAUUGGUCGUUACCGCUAGUAUUAUACAAAGUGCUACAAAAAUGAUGCUGAAAGCUAUUGUUUUCGCCACAUUGGCAGUGGUUGUCCUUGGAGAUGAUUUCUCAUUAGGUGAAGACAAAAAGGUGCAGAUGCGGGAAAUACUUAGAGAAUACUGCAAGAAGAACAACGCCGAAGAUAAAUUCGAAGAUGUACAGAACGCCGGAAAAGUUUUCAUUGACUGUGUCAAAGGAUUGGUCGAUGUACAAACACUCCAGAAUGAAAUUGAGGAGGCCAAGCCCAACGGUGCUCUCGACGAGGUCUUCAAGAAGUACUGCGCUAAGACUCCUCAGCUGAAGUCUUGCAUCCAGAGCCUGUUUGACGGCGUAUCUCCCUGCUUGAGCAACGAGGCCCGUGAGAAGCUGCCCGUCGCCAUGAACGGCACUACUCAGCUGAUUGACUUCAUCUGCUACAAGGAUGGUGACAGGAUUGCCCUGUUCAUCGCUGAAGGUGGACCUCAAUGCUUCCAGAGCAAGGUUAACGACAUCAGAGAAUGCGCAACCAAAAUCAAGGACAGCUUCCCCUCAAUCGAAGCCGCCAAGAACCUAGGACUUGCGGGAACCUGCGGUAAAUGGGACGAGGUGACAUCUUGUAUUGUGAACAAACUGGAAACCUGUGAGACCCCCACUCCCGGCAACAUGGCGGAAUCACUCUUCAACUUCGUACGCAGAGCGACACCUUGUAACACUGUUGAGAAAAAGAACUGAUUUGCUGCCGAUUUGGGUGAUCAUAUAAGUGCCAAUAAUAUGUAAUGUUGAAAAACAUUUUCAAAAAUGUAACUUUUAAUACAUUGAUAAUGUAAGAUC